AUCAUUCACACUUGAGUUUUUCACAAGAAUUAGAAACAAACCAAAAUAUAAAAAUCUUUUCCAUUCUCAAAUACUAAUACAAAAUGGACUCACAAAACGCUAGCUACCAAGCGGGUCAGGCCAAGGCCCAAACCGAGGAGAAGGCAAGUAACAUGAUGGACAAGGCUUGUUGUGCCGGCCAAGCAGCCAAGGAAACCGUUAAGGAGGGUGGAUCACAAAUGCAAGAUAAGGCAACUAGCGCUAUGGAUUCAGUGAAGGAAGCCACCGGGAUGAACAAAUGAAGAUCUUAAUUACUAACUUUGAAUUGUUAAUCUAAUUUUGCUAAUAAGUGUGAAGCUUGCAUAUAUGCAUGUAUGGCAAGCUUUUCUAGUACGUAGUAUCACAUUUUUAUAAUUUUUAGGUUUUUUUUUCCAUAUUUAAAAGUGGCUUCAAUCCUCAAGAUGCUCAAUGUAAAAUGCUAUGGAGUGAAUUUUAUUGGCCUUGAUAAAUUAAUUAUCUAUCUCGAUCAAAUUUCUAUUUUAUUGGCCUUGUUAAAUUGAUUGUCCCAAUGUAAAUUAUGAGG